AUGACUGACGACCUUGAUUGGGGUCCGCCGUUUGGAUUCGCAAUACGCAGGACUGGCUCCUGCCUUCAGGGAGAAUGUAACACGAAAGCAUCAGUUGAUCCGAUAACAUCAAAACUUGUCUCCCGAUGCUGCCCCAGUGGCGCAACUUGUAGCGACAAAAACACGGGGAGAUGUUGUCGGAAUGAAGAUGAAGACUGCAGUCGGGAAAUCAGUCACUCACCACACUGCGCCAAUGCAGACUGGAGGCUUUUUCGAAACUAUAACGGCGGAUACUUUUGUUGUGAAGAACAGGAAUGGGGGUAUAAUAUGACCUCGGGGGCGGUUGGGUGUGCGGCAAAUGGGGUAGCUAAGGUUGAUGGUAUCACGCCACUGCCCCCAGUUCGAUAUAGCAUGGACUCAACGUCGCUUAGCUCCCCUACAUCGACCAGCUCACCAAUGACCAGUAGCUCCCCAACAUCGACCCAACCCCCACUAUCGAGCAACCCCCCAACAACGAGUAGCUCCUCCAAGUUGAAUACUGGUGCUGUUGCGGGCGGUGUGGUUGGUGGAGUUGCUGGGUUGGCAAUCAUUCUAGCCUUGCUUUGGUAUUUCAUGCGCCGUCGCCCACAGAAGAAGUUAUCUCAAGCGGGAACACCCAUCACCGAAUCAUCGACGAUAAAAGACCAGUCUCUCCAGCCCCCGGGCAUCCCGAGUGAGUUAGAUGGCCGAAGCCAACUGUCAGAGCUUCCUGGCAACAAAGAGCAUACUACCCAUGAGUUACCGGGGUCUAGGGAUUUUAUCCACGAGUUGCCAGGACCUAAAAAGACAUGCUGA